AGGAUGCUGGUUUGCAGGGCAGCAGUGAAUGAACAAAACAUAAAUGCAGAGCAAGGUGUUACUUAACAAAGGUGAGGGAGAGCUGUUUUCCACUCUUUACCGGAACUAAGCGCAAGUGGGAUUUAUUGGUGCCCUUAAGAAAGUGAAAUUUAGCAGACUCAUAAUGUGCUUGCCUAUUGAUUUUUUAAAUUUUUUUUGAUAGCAGGCCUCCCCCAUUAUAAUGUUUUCCGGAGGCCUGAACAUCUAAGAAGUAGCUUACUGGCUUCCGUUUGUAGCUCUGGGGUGGCCUUUUGCACUUUAAAGGAACAGAAUGUUCUGCAGAACCUGUUUAUUUGUAGUGAGCAUAAGCCCCUAAGCUCUUAUAAAUGACAGCAAAGUAAAUGUAAAAGAAAAACCACAUGCAGAUUAUGUGUAACAUCAUUGGUUAUACUUAAAACUUUUUUACACAGUUUUUUUUCUAGCAUGGAUGUUUAAUUUAAUUGGUGUCAUUCUUACGUGCUCGUAGUGUGUUAUUAGUUUCUUCUUUCUGCUCAGGGAUUAUGUAUCUCUUGAUUUCUUUACACUUUCACUUUUCAUCUGCUUCAUUUAGUAAGUUUUUUGGAGGUUUUUAAUACAUCAUGGUCAAGAGCGAAAUUCUGUAGUUCUCCCAAUAGCAUAUGUUAACAUUUUUACCCUGGACUACAGAAACUAAGUUGUUGAUAGCUUCAGGUAUGAAAGCUGCCAAACCUUUCCAGGUGAUAGUUUAUCACUUCAGGCUACACAGGGCUCUUAAAAAUGGUUGAGGCUUUUUCAGCAGCCCUCUCUAACUUAAUACACUGUGUUUCUUUCAGUAAUGUUGGAGGAGAACAUGGCUGGCUCUGUUGUCAGGGUCUUGCAUUAUCUUUUUGCCAUAGGCUAUUUCUCUAAUAUUUCCUGGGUCAGGGUGGUUUUGUUGAAGGGCAGAACGCUAAUUUACACCACAGGUGAGGAUGCAAUUUGAAAAUGUCAUGGAAGCCCAAACUAAAAUCUUUUGAACUUUUGAAAAAAAUAGGGAGUUCUUGGCAUAAAAGAUCACUACUAUCUCUUGGUAACAUGGUUUGCUUCUAGCUAUACCCUUUGACAAAAUUUUAUUUAGUGGUUACUUGUGAGUUGUGUACCUUGCCUUUUCUUACUCUGUUUUGGAAAUCUUUGCCAUGGUUUUCAAUGUUCUCUUGCAAAAGCAAAGGGGCCUUUUAGAUGUAAAAAUUGGAAACGAAAUUCUUUUUUACUAUGUUUAGUUCCAGGAUUGUUCACAAGAGCAUUUUGUUGAUGUUGGUCUUUGUUGGUCCACAGAAAUUUCAUUUGGUGUUUUAUAUCUCUACUGUGUAUGUGGACUAGAAGUAAUUGUGUGUGCUAUUUCUUAAAUCCAUUCAGGAUGUUUAGUGUUGUGUCCUCCUCUGUGUUGGCUAAAUGGCUGUUACAAACCAGUCAUGACAAAUUAAAAGGUGAUUAAACAAGGUCAGCAGUUUCUCAUCUGCUUUUCUUUGGAGUGUUGAGCACAGCUGUCUGCUGGUUUCUUGUAAAAAUAACACAAGUCUGGAGUACAGUAAAAUUACAUGGGCUGUUUUUAAAACACUAUUAAUUGCUUCAUAAAUUGCAUCUGUUCCUUGAUGCGGCUUCAUUGCAAAAGGAUCACCCAGAAGACACAAUGAGCGUUAAAGCUUUCAAGCUUGUUUCUGCUGUUGAGCGGGAGAUGUUAAUGGGAGAGAAAAAUUACAUCAACAUCGAAUGCAUUGAGUGUUGCGGAAAGAACCUCUAUAUUGGAACCAAUGACUGUUUUAUCUAUCACUUUCUGUUGGAUGAAAAGAUAUCAACAGCUGGAAAAAUAGCUUUUGCUGCCACAAAGCAACUGCAUAAAUACCUGGGCUUGAAGAAGCCUGUGAGUGAGUUGAAAGCAGCCUCCGCCCUCACCAGGCUUCUUGUGCUUUGCGACAACACGAUAACACUAGUUAACAUGAUAAACUUGGAACCUGUCCCCAGUGGCGCUAGAAUCAAAGGAGCUGUGACAUUUGCAUUAAAUGAAAACCCUGUGAGUGGGGAUCCUUUCUGUGUUGAAGUCUGCAUUAUCUCGGUCAAGCGGCGGACCAUUCAAAUGUUCAUGGUGUUUGAAGACAGAGUCCAGAUAGUGAAGGAAGUGUUUACUCCAGAGCAACCCUGUGCUGUGGCUGUAGAUGGUUAUUACUUAUGUCUUGCACUUACUACACAGUAUAUCAUUUUGAAUUAUAAUACUGGCGUCUCGCAGGAUCUGUUUCCUUAUUGCAGUGAUGAGAAACGGCCAAUUGUGAAAAGGAUAGGCAGACAAGAGUUUCUGUUGGCUGGCCCCGGAGGCCUAGGCAUGUUUGCAACUGUAGAUGGCAUUUCACAGCGUGCCCCUGUGCACUGGUCAGAGAACGUGAUUGGAGCAGCUUUGUGCUUUCCUUACGUCGUUGCUCUUGAUGAUGAAUUCAUUACGGUGCACAGCAUGCUGGACCAGCAGCAAAAGCAAACCCUGCCUUUUAAAGAAGGUCACAUUCUACAAGACUUCGAAGGAAAGGUGAUUGUUGCUACUAACAAGGGUGUGUAUAUCUUGGUGCCGCUACCUUUGGAAAAACAGAUUCAGGAUCUUCUAGCUAGCCACAGAGUGGAAGAAGCCCUUGUUCUAGCAAAAGGAGCUCGAAGGAAUAUUCCAAAAGAGAAAUUUCAGGUAAUGUACAAACGAAUCCUGCAGCAAGCAGGUUUUAUACAGUUUGCACAGCUUCAGUUCCUUGAAGCAAAAGAACUCUUCAGAAGCGGCCAGCUUGAUGUCCGGGAGCUGAUCUCUCUCUACCCCUUCCUGUUGCCUACUUCCUCUUCAUUUAUACGGUCUCAUCCCCCUCUGCAUGAGUAUGCGGACCUAAACCAGCUGACCCAAGGGGACCAGGAGAAGAUGACAAAAUGCAAACGAUUCCUCAUGAGUUACUUGAAUGAAGUCCGUAGCACUGAGGUUGCAAAUGGCUACAAGGAAGAUAUUGACACAGCUUUACUCAAACUGUAUGCGGAGGCAAAUCAUGAAAGCCUGCUGGAUCUGCUAGUUUCGGAGAACUUCUGUCUUUUAACAGAUAGUGCUGCCUGGCUGGAAAAACACAAAAAGUAUUUUGCUCUUGGUCUCCUGUAUCACUACAACGGUCAGGAUACUGCAGCACUUCAGUUAUGGGUGAAAAUAGUUGAUGGGGACAUUCAAGAUUCUACACGGUCAGAUCUCUAUGAAUAUAUAGUAGACUUCCUUACAUUCUGCUCAGACCAAGAUCUUGUGUGGAAAUACUCUGAAUGGGUUUUACAAAAAAACGAAGAGGUUGGCGUACAGAUUUUCACUAAAAGGCCUGUGGAAGAACAGGAGAAAAACAACAUUAAUCCAGAUGAUAUCAUCAGUUGCCUUAACAAAUAUCCUAAAGCACGUGUUAAAUAUCUAGAACAUCUAGUAUUGGAAAGAAAAAUAGAGAAAGAAAAGUACCAUACUCAUCUAGCUGUCUUGUACCUGGAGGCAAUACUUCAGCUAAAAUCUGUGACCACAGAUAAUUGUACAGAAACAACUGAACUGCUGUUUAAACUACGCAGCCUUCUUCAGAAAUCCGAUCUUUAUAGAAUUCACUUUAUUUUGGACAAAAUCCAGGGCACAGACCUUCAUAUGGAAAGUGCAAUUCUAUAUGGAAAACUAGAAGAGCAUGAGAAGGCUUUGCAUAUCCUUGUCCAUGAGUUAAAGGACUUCCAUGCUGCUGAGGAAUACUGUAUGUGGAACUCUGAGAACAGAGGCAUGCAGUACAGACAGAGGCUCUUCCAUAUGCUGCUGUCAGUGUAUCUAAGUCCAGGCACUUCGGAUUGUGCGCUAGUCAUGGCUGCUGUGGAUCUCUUGAAUAACCACGCAGCUGAAUUUGAUGCAGCUCUAGUCUUGCAGAUAGUGCCUGAUAGCUGGUCAGUGCAGCUUCUCUCCCCGUUCCUGUCUGGAGCAGUGAGGCAAAGCAUUCAUACAAAAAGAAUGACUCAGACUGCACUUGGGCUAGCACAAGCUGAAAAUUUAAUCUACAAAUACGAGAAGGUUAAACAAAAAGGAACCCCAAUUCUUCUUUCAGACAAAAAGAUCUGUCAGGUGUGCCAAAAUCCUUUCUGUGAGCCUGUAUUUAUAAGAUACCCAAAUGGAGGUUUGGUCCACACACACUGUGCUGCGAAUAGACAUCUGAAUUCAAACAUGACUCAACACUCUUCCAGCUCCGGCAAUCAGACUUGAGAUAUGUUCUGGUCCCACAGGUUCACAUGACUUUAUAUAUACCCCAUUGAAAGUGGGCUGGAAAAAAGAACGAAGUGCAGCUACUUUAGGUAUAAAUCAAGAUGAACGGCUAGUCCUUGGGUUAAUGGGAAGACUUCCAAGUAAAUAUGAAAUAUUGCCACUUAUCUUUUUUGAUUUCUAAUGAAUGUAGAUAGAAAAGAAAAUUCACUACCAGAAACUGAGAGGUGCAAAUACAGGCUCUUCUGUACAUAGUAAGAAACAGUUAGAAAACAGGCCUUUUCUUCACAGUAAGGAUGAAUGUUACAGAGACAAGGCAAACAGUUAUUUUAAGAAAUGUCACUUUGCACUGAUUGUGGUGUUGAUAAAUUUGUAGAGGUGGAGAUGGCAUCCAUUGGAGUUGGAAUUCUUGGAACAUUACAUAACAAGACUGGCAUCAUGCAGCUUACUAUCAAGACAAAAAUGUGUGUUGGUUAUGUUUGCUGCAGCAUGUUCUCUUUUGGGCUGGAUUCACUUCCCCAGGAUCAUGUUAUGGACUUGAUUUUUGCUCUACAAAUUGUUGAUGCACUUUUUAGUACUUCUACCUGCCCCCCACCCCGCCAACAUAUAGAAUUUAAGUAUAAGCACUGGUCUGUUGGGUUUCUGCUCCUACAGUUAACUGUAAUAAACUGAGUGGAAACUGAUUGCCUCAGUUACACAGUUG